AGUGUGGAUAUGCCGAAUGAUUUCCUUGGAAGUGCCCGCCACAAGAGUUUAAACCGAAGGACUUUUGCCGGAAUGAUCGCUCUCCUUGCGCUUGAAUCUUCCUCCGCAUUCCAUACCGCCAUGGGCAGUUUCGCCAUGUUUCGAAGCAGUCGGGUUGUUCCGCAGUCGAGGUUCAUCUCAGUCGUCUCUUCUGCCUUCCGUUCGCCACAUGCUCUUCGUGCGCCCCACAGCAGCGCCUCCUCCCCUUCAUGGUUCGGAGGACGACGCGCUGGCUGGAACGCGUUCUCCCGCCUUCGGCUGUCGGGAGGAUCCGUUGACUCGGCGUCUCUCGAGACUGUCUACGUGCAGCAGUGGCUGGAGAGGAAGGUAACGCAGGCCCUCUGCGAGGCCUUCGGGGAGGAGGUGAAGGACGUCAACCCAAUGGUGGCGAUAGCGUCGAAGCCAGAGUUCGGGGACUACCAGUGCAACGUUGCCAUGUCCCUGAGCAAGAAGGUGGGCAUGAAGCCGCGGGAUGUGGCAGACAAGCUGCUGCAGAGGCUCCAUCCCCUCCUGCAAGACGUGUUUGAGCAGCCAGAGAUCGCAGGGCCAGGCUUCCUGAACCUGAGGUUGAGGAAGGACUACAUCGGAGGCAGAAUCUCCAGGAUGACAGAGGACGGGGAGAGGCUCGGAAUCCCCAAGACCGGCAACCCCAAGAGAGUGAUCGUGGACUUCUCCUCACCCAACAUCGCCAAGGAGAUGCACGUCGGUCACUUGCGCUCCACCAUCAUCGGGGACACGCUCUGUCGACUCGAGGAGUUUCUGGGUCAUGAUGUGCUUCGUCUGAAUCACGUCGGAGAUUGGGGGACGCAGUUCGGGAUGCUGAUAACGUACUUGCGUGAGAAGGGAUUUACAGCAGAGAAAGGGCUGGGAGAUCUUCAAAUCGGAGAUCUCGUCAACUUCUACAAGCAGGCGAAAGCAAGAUUUGACGAGGAUGAAGCUUUCCAGACAGCUUCAAGGAAGGAAGUUGUGGCCCUGCAGGCAGGAGACGCGACGUCUCUGAGCGGCUGGUCCAUCCUGUGUGAGGCGUCGAGGAAAGAGUUUCAGGUGGUUUAUGACAUGUUGAACGUGAGGUUGGAGGAGAGGGGUGAAUCGUUCUACAACAACAUGCUGUCCGACGUGAUCAGCGGACUCAAGGAGAUUGAGCUUCUCAAAGAGAGCGAGGGAGCUCGGGUCGUCUAUGUGGACGGAUACAAGAACAAGGACGGCGAUCCCAUGCCGUUCCUUGUACAGAAGUCUGACGGAGGAUACUUGUACUCGACCACCGACCUCGCAGCGAUCCGUCAUCGCGUGCAAAAGGAGAAGGCAGACAGGAUCCUUUACGUCACCGACGCGGGGCAGAGCACGCACUUCGAUCAGGCGAGAUGCAUUGCUCGCCAAGCAGGAUGGGUUCCUUCCCACGUCUCGCUCGAGCACGUUCCCUUCGGCCUUGUCCAGGGCGAGGACGGCAAGAAGUUCAAGACACGAUCAGGAGAUACUGUGAAACUUCGGGAUCUCCUCGACGAGGCGAUUGUGCGAGCAAGCAAAGACCUCAGGGAGCGAUUGGAAGCAGACAACAAGCCCUUUACCGAGGAGACUGAAAGAACGGCGAGGAUAGUUGGUCUAGCAGCGGUCAAGUACGCAGAUCUCAGCAUGAAUCGAGAAAGCAACUACAGGUUCUCCUAUGACAAGAUGCUUGCUCUUUCAGGCAACACAGCUCCGUACAUGCUUUACGCCUUCGCAAGAAUCAACGGCAUCCGGCGGAAGAUCGGCUCCGAGAUCAAGCUGGACUCCAGCUGCAAGAUCAUCUUGGACCAUCCAGCGGAGAUGUUCCUUGCAAGACACCUCGUCUACCUCCCCGAGCUUCUGCUUGACGUAGAGAAAAGUCUGUACCCUCACCGGCUCUGCGAGUACAUCUUCGAGCUUUCUCAGCGAUUCAAUCAGUUCUACGAGAAUUGUCCCGUUGCAAAUGCUCCUUCGGAGGAGGAGAAAAAGUCUCGACUUGCUCUCUGCUCCGCCACUGCCAACACCCUCCAACUCGUCCUCAACCUUCUUGGCAUCGACACCGUUGAGCGGCUGUAAGCCAGGAAUCCACCCUGGGAAGAAGGAGAAGAGGAGGAAGAGGAGACUGAGAGAGAGCAGGAGAGUGCAGGGGAGAGGACAGAGAGCAGGAGGAGAGAGGGGAAAGGAGGGCGGAUGCUCGCAUAUCAUAGUGGAGACCGUUGGUAGCUUCACCUGUCGUUGCUUACACGUCUAUCUCCUGCUGUUGCCCGACUUCUGCUCCUUGACUCCUGCAAGACUGGAGUCGCUCCUGAUGCUCAACCUGACGCCGCACAUCCUCCGGCAAAACAAGAGAACAGCAUCCUCCUCGUACCCUCCUCCGAUAGUCCUCACACUGCAGCACCUUGUGGAGACAUUUGGAGAAGGGGAAGGGGAGGAGGAGGAGAGGGGAGACGGGACAGGAGCAGAGCGAGACAUGUGAAAGGAGGAGAAGAGAGAAAAAGCUAGCAGAGUGGAGGAAGAGGACGAGAAGCGUCGUCACCUUUUGCGAGUCCACGAGGAUCA